GACUACGUGCAGAGCGGAUAAAGUUGUUGAUGUUGAGUUGGCAGUUUGGCUCUAGCGUAGGUUUCUUUAGCUGUAAUAUUGCCUCCAUUUGGUGGCUUUGCUGAUGCUUUAUGCAUUUUAAAUUCCAAAUCAAGGUUACGCGUUUGAAGCUCACAGGUUUCUGAUGCUAAUAUGGUGUGUUAAGCGGUCGCCAAGCAGUGGUGUAGCCGCAGUUUGGGUUCACCUCAGUCCAUUAGCUUGCACGCUUAUCCAUAUUAGGCUGCACUCGGACUAACUUUAAACUUUGGACGUUUUUUGUAACAAUAAUUAAGUUUAUUUUAUUUUAUUUUUUUCAUAAGGAGAGCGAAUGAAGUUGUCGUCAUGACAAUGCGGAGAGGUGAGUCAUUUUUGGAUUAAAUUUGGCUAAUUUGCAUUUGCAAUUCAUUGUUGCUGUUAAGUCUGGGUGGAGUACGCAGAGGGAUCCCUUUAGUCUGCAGCAGCCGUCUGUUAUCACACACAACAAACGUGUGGCUUUCACACUUCAACAGCUGACGGUGAGGUUACCGUGUGAAUCUCGUUUGCUUUUAACAUUUAACUCUCUAUGGUGCCUUUCAGUAAACGUGGUCAUCCUUGUGCUGCUGGCUGUGGCCUUUCUGAUCAUAGUUCAACGUAAUCUUCUCAACCUCAGUGACUUUUUACACAAGGAACAUCCAGGUAUCUUUGUAUUUGGAGAUGGUAAAAGUACACUGAAAAUUGUCUCUAUAAUUAAAUGAAACCAUGGAAGUAAUGUGUCAAACCCUUCUCAUGUUAAUGUCCAGAUGCAGGGAUGAUUCUGCCCUUUGAGUCUGAGCUGUCUCCAGACAUCAAACUGGAGCUUGUGAGGAAAGGAGAGGAGAUCCCUGUUCUCAUCACAGCAUCAGAGGAGAGGCUGGGCGCUGUGGUUGCUGCCAUGAACAGCAUCUACCAGAACAGUAAAGCCAAUGUCGUCUUCACCAUUGUGACCCUAAACGACACAGCAGAUCACCUACAGUAAGAAAACAAAGCAAGUGUGUUGGCCACUUAUCUUGCCAACAUCUUGACUUUGGCAUGUUUAUUUAAGAGCUGCUUAUCAGGACUGAGAGGAAUCUAUGCUAUUGCCAUUCGUGAUGGGCACGGCAGUUCUUUUAGAUGUACUGAAUCACCGAGAUCAAGUUGUUGUGGUGGCAAUUUAGCAGUAAAAAAAAAAAAAAAGGUAGUUUUGUCUGACAAACAUGAUUCCAGAGAGUGUAGUUCAAUGCGUGAUUUGUUCACCAAGUGAUUCAGGCAUCAGUGUAUGUGCAUGGUUCCUCGUUUGCCGGCUGCUGGCCUGGCAAUGCUGUUUCUCACUUCAGCUCAACUGAAGUAUAUUCACUUAAAAGAUUUGGUUUUUUUGAACGACUCGUUCGCGAACGACUCAACACUAAUUGCCAUUGUUUCCCCUGCUUAUAGUUUGACAACACUUUUUAUCUUUUUUUGCCUACAGAUUGUGGCUGAGUAAGACAAAGCUAAAAAAUGUCAAUUACAAGAUAGUUAUAUUCCAGCCAGAGCUCCUCAACGGAAAGAUAUCCAAAGAUCCCCAGAUACUGGAAGCUACAAAACCGGUGAGACAACUGUGUGUAAUGUUGCUGUACCUGAAAAAACAUUUGCAUGCAACCGUUGACUUUCGAUCCUCUCUUGCAAACUUCUUUUAAUUGUUUUUUUGCAGUUGACUUUUGCCAGAUUUUAUCUACCUGCAUACUUGCCAGAGGCAGAAAAAGCAAUCUAUCUGGAUGAUGAUAUCAUUGUACAAGGUAAGACUCUAUGCACGACAUAUCUCAUUAACUGUAUAAAUUUCUAUGUAAUGCCAGAUAGAGAAAGGGUUUAUGCGUGGGUAUCUUGUUUGUUGGAUCACAGGGGACAUCCAGGAUCUUUUUGAAACUCACAUCAAACCAGGACAUGCAGCUGCUUUUUCAGAUGACUGUGAUUCAGCAUCUGCCAAGGGUAUCAUUAGAGGAGCUGGAAAUCAGGUAGGCAUAUCUUGCAGGAGUUGUCAAUGAGUUGUCAGUUAUUAUGAGACUAUCAGAAUCUGCAUUGUUUCCUUAUAGUGACUCUUGGCUUAACAUCAAAUCUUUCCUAGAAUAACUACAUAGGUUUCCUGGAUUUUAAGAAGGAGGCAGUCAAGAAGCUGGGGAUGAGAGCAACCACAUGCUCCUUUAACCCCGGACUCAUUGUCGCCAACCUGACCGAGUGGAGGUACCAGAACAUCACCAAGCAGCUGGAGCACUGGAUGGAGCUCAACACACAGUACGUUACAGAAAGUUGUAAAAAUAUGGGUAAAUAAGAGGUGGUUUUUCCUGCUAAAAAUUUGAAAGUAAGGCAAAAUAGAUUCUAAUUCUGAAUAUUACAGAUCAACUGGACUUUUUCAGAUUGUAUUCAUCAAAAUCUGUUGUGUUUUUUAUUUCAGAGCUGAUCUGUAUAGUAAGACACUAGCAGAAAGUAUCACCACCCCUCCUCUUCUCAUAGUUUUCUACAAACGUCACUCCAGCAUCGAUCCCAUGUGGCAUGUCAGGCACCUAGGUAAGUUCUAUUUAGCUACUAAAAGGGAACAGAAAGCAAUACUUUUUGAUUAAUCUGUCCGUACAUGGGGUGCUCAGCUGGUAGAGUCAGCAACCCCUGUACAGAGGCUGCAGUUCUGAUUGCACUGGUUGUAAAAACAGUUUCAGGCAUGGCUGGUACAUGUCAUUCCCGUUAUCUCUCCCCACAUUACUCUAGCUAUCAUAUCAAAAUAAGGGCAAAAGCCCCCCUAAAAAUGUUUUAAAAAAGCAGUUUUAUCACGUUGUCAACUCAAAUAUUCCUGCGAGGUUUGUUUAAUACUACCAAACAUCUGUAACCACAGUUUUGGUUAUAGGAUGUUUUAUCAAAAACUUGCCUCAGGUGUAAGUGCCAUCCAUCCUAUGGAUAUACUAUUUAUUUUUAUAAGAAAGCCACAAGCUUAAUUUUCUAGUGUUGAUCAAUUCCUUCAUGUUAUUUUAUGUCUUUUUGUUUGUUUAAGAGCAUGUAUUCAGUCUAAAUGUACUAGUAAUAGUGACUUAGCAAGCUCCUGCUGACCAUAUAUUUCUUCAGUAUGUUAAAACAAUCAAGUUUGAUGUACAGCACAACCUUGUUUUUCAGGCACUACAGGCGCUGGGAACCGUUACUCCACUCAGUUUGUGAAAGCUGCCAAACUCCUCCACUGGAACGGACACUAUAAACCAUGGGGGAGAACUUCUUCUUUUACUGAUGUUUGGGAUAAAUGGUUCAUCCCAGACCCCACGGGAAAAUUCCACCCCGUGAGAAGACACACAGACUGAAAAUUUGGAUUCAAUAAUUUUUAAUUUUUUAAAUUUUUUACCAGCAGACCCAGCCCUGUACCAGGAACACUCCUGUGAUAUCUCAGGAACUCAGUAAGGCCUUUUCACUUCAGAUCUUUCCUCCUCAUAGCGUGUACGCCUGUGUGCGCCUCACAUUCCCUCAAAUGCACAGAUAUGUUUUUAUUCCACUUAUUUAGCUUAAUAUAGCCGAGAGCAAACAAAUACUCAACAUUCCUUCUGUCAACAUUUUAUGACCCGCACUUCUCAAAGUUUCAGAGAACUGUUUUACUUAAGAGGCCAAGACUGUUUUCCCCAGCAUGCAUUCAGUGUCACUGAGCUUAUGUUACAGUGUGCCAAACAACCUUGAACAUCUUAAGCUAUUGUCAUGGCUACAGUGGGUUUGUUUAUACUUUAUGUUAUAUUUAUUUACUUUGCAACCACAAGCAGUUUCCAGAGUAACCUCAGCUAUUGUGCUGUAGCGCAGUUGGACCUAUGAACUGUUACACUAAAAAAACAUCUGUUUGGUGUGUUUUCAUUACAUUAAAUGUGCAUAAGUCUUUUCUUGUUACCUCACUUCAAACCAUCCUGUGGAAAAAGGAACUAUACAGAAAAGACAAGAGAUCCUGCAGUCUGUGUCCUUGUCAUCUGACUGAAAAUGUUCAGAUCUGAGGUUUACAAGUAUGAACCAGUCAUCUAUUGACAUAAUCAUGAUUUGUACCGUUUAUCAUUGAAGUAUGCCAUAAGUAACUUAUUCUGUAUUGUGCUGCCUCUCAUACCGACCUGGCUGUUGAACUGUUUUUAAUGAUCAUUUUUAUUGCAUGGACCACUGAGCAAACUUUUCUACAAAACUCAUUAGUCUCCAGCUCUGCCUGUCAAGUUUUCCCGUUGUCCAAAACGGUUCACCUUGCUGGUGUAAAUAUUUGUAUUUUUUUAAUUGAACGUAAAAUAAAAUUUUUAUUGUUUUAAUGGUGUUUUUUUUUUUAAAGUUGGCCUUUCUCAAAAAGUAAUGUUUUUUAAAAAUCGUCACCCUAUUAAAAUAAUGGACUAAAUAAUUUUUUGACCUAAGUCAUCUCUUAAUAAUGCCGGCCAUCUCUGGUAGAAUCGCCUAAGGAUCAUGGCAUGAUCCUUUCAACUAAGGAAUUAGGCAAUUUUACCAUUUUGUCAAAAAAUGACUUGGGCCAUUUUUUUUUUAAUAGGAUGACAAUUUCCUUCGAGGAGAAGUAGUAAAACAUAAAAGCCACAAACAAAAUGGGCUUGUAAUUUCUAGAGAAGUCAACUGUUGAAGUAAUGCAAUUCUUUUUUUUAAACUAGUAAAAGAAAUAAGCAAACAUAUGAAGUCUUCAUAGAGGUUUAUUACAUAUGCGAUCUAUUUACAGUUUUCUGUGCCGACAGAUAGAUUACAGGUAACCUUUAGACAUUUAAAAUCAUGCUUCCCCUCCAGUAACAUCAGAGGGAAAGAAAUCACUGGAUUUAUACAAAACCACUGAAUGGAUGAAAUCCAUUUCCUAGGUGGGAGCUACUCUUCUUGAGUGAAAAAUGUAGUCCAUGACAAAAGGUGAGUCCAGGCCUAGGAGCUUAGCCAAUGAUGCUUUUUACACUAAUUUUGAACUCUGGCACAUCCAGGUAUGCAAGCCAACCAAACAGUGAGUACAAUUCCACAAUAUUGAGGCAAGGCUCAUUUAAAGUCUGUGUUGAAGUCAUAGGCGUCAUCUGAUGAAGCUGCAGGGAGACUGAUGUUGAUGGGGGCUGAAUGGAACUGCACACGGGCUGUUUUUUCUGGAAGACAAAAAAAGAUGUAAAAAUAGGGCAGGUAUUAUCGAUGAAAACAUUUUUGGACGCUAUGAAUAAAACUUACUUUCGGGUGACUUA